ACCGCCAUGACGUCAUCGCCCCAAUGUCAACAAUGUAGCAAUUUAGAGGAGGCGCGUGCUGGAAAUCCCACAAUCAGCAAAGAGCAAAGCAGAAGCGCGCGGUCCCGCGUGUAGCUCAACGCAGACGGAGAUUGAACGCGAUUUCAACUGUUUUAAAGACAAACGAAUAACCGUGCAUGGUCCGGCUGUUAAAGAGCGUCUUACGGAUAACGGAGACCAUGUGAAAGCGUCUUCGUGCAGGAACAAGUGAAAGUUUAGACUGUGUUGUUUGUGGUCCAACCCUUGAACAGACGAGGCAAUGUCUCAGCACCAGAAAGCUUACGUCAAUGCCUUUGGAUCCAGUCAAUAGAGCUGCACUGACAUUUUUGGGUCUUCGUGCUGCAUUUAGUCACUAGUGGAUGGCAGGCUCCGAGUGAGGAAUGUCUACGGAGGAGAAGACUGAAGCUCCCAUGUAUGUGUAUGAGUCGACAGUGCAUUGUGCCAACAUCCUCCUGUGCCUAAAUGAACAGAGGAAGCAGGACGUUUUGUGUGAUGUGACGGUGCUAGUGGAGGGGAGGGAGAUCCGUGCCCACAGGGCAGUGCUUGCGGCCAGCAGCCAGUAUUUCUCACUGCUGCUCAGGGGUCAGACUGAACAUGAGCCUGUCAUCAGUCUGCCGCAGAAGAUCACCGAGAGAGGGUUUGGCCCACUCCUGCAGUUCGCUUACACAGCCAAGCUGUUACUAAACAGGGAAAACAUCCAGGAUGUCAUGUGUUGUGCCGAAUUCCUAGGCAUGCACAACCUAGAAGACUCUUGCUUCCUCUUCCUACAGGACCAGAUGAAAAGUGAGGUUGACAACACACACACCAGCCAAAACCCUCCAUCACCUCAACCUUUGAACCAUCAUGGGUCAAAGGGCAUAAACAUGCCACAGGACGAUUCUAAAUCGCCUCUGUUUGGAUCGAGGCUGCACCCCUGUGACCUCAGCCUGUCGAAAAGUGGGGAGGAAUUACAAGCAAGCGGUGACCUGUCAGACCAACCUCAUUAUCCCAAAUAUAGAAAGUAUCAGCACAACAUGAACACCUCCUCAUACAGCAGUACCUCAAACUUGGGCCCGGAUCUCUCCAAAGUGAAAGAAGAACCAACCAGUGGAGAGGAUUUUGAGCCACUGGACCUGUCUGAGGUUGAGCAGGAUGGUUUGGUUAAGGGUAGGGGGACUGAGAUGGACAUCGAGAUGGACAUGGAAAUGGAGUUAGAUGAUAGAAUGCUUAGUUCAACACCUGAUGAACUUCCUGUUAGCAAAUGUUUACCAGUGUGCCUGCGCUCCUUUGUAAAUAAGGAAGUCGCUUCGGAUCAGUGUCUUAUCGCUGAUCUGCAGCGUGCCAACAAGACAUCUCAUGUUACUCAAGGUGAAUUUCAAAAGGACUAUCAGGCUUUCAUUGGGCAACUUGGCAUGGAUUCCUCAAAGAGGGCAGAGAAGUUAACCGAUAACCUGUCCAAAUCCCUUUCAUUUGAGAGCGACCGAAGAAGUGUCAUCUUUUCGUCUCACACCCCCAACCAUCUUUUGGCACCGGCACAUUCCUACCCUCGUGAAAGUUAUCUAUGUCAGGAUACCUGCGAUGACCCAUGGUCGGGUUCCAGUCAGUCAUUUCCCUGUUCCCAAACGUUGUCCCCCACUUCUGCUUCUCAGGAGCCCCUAGUGUCCUACCCCCGACGCCUGAAGAGCAGCUGUCCGGUGCCCAUUAAAAUGUGUCCCCGCUCCUCUCGUACCGAGAGCAACAUUAGGACCUCCAGCUCUUGUUCUUCCUAUUCGUAUGCUGAGGAUGGCAGUGGUGGUUCUCCUUCCAGCCUGCCCCAGUUUGAGCUCUCUACCUCUCCCUGUUCCACCAUGGAGCGGUGCCUGACACUCGAACACAGGGAGCACAGUAUGUCCGGGCCACCGAAGAUCAAGUGCGAGAAAUCGUAUGACACUAAUUCUAGUGACGAGUCCGGAUCGUUCUCUGAUGGAGAUAGCGAAUCAGGUCCGAGCAAAGAGCGCAGAGAAGAGGUGAAACUGCCUUUCUCAGUGGACCAGAUCACAGAGCUUCCACGGAACGACUUUCAGCUGAUGAUAAAGAUGCACAAACUGACCUCAGACCAGCUAGAAUUCAUUCACGAGAUGAGACGGCGCAGUAAAAACCGUAUCGCGGCUCAGCGGUGCCGGAAGAGAAAGCUGGACUGCAUCCAGAACCUCGAGCAUGAAAUACAUAAACUGGUGUGCGAGAGACAGAAGCUCCUAACAGAACGACACCAUCUGAAGGUCUGUAUGGGAGAACUCUGGGAAAACUUUUCCUUUUUAUCUCAGGAGGUCUGCAGAGAGGAACAGCAGAGUCCAGGUCAGACACAAACUCUGUAUCAACUGCACCCUGAUUAUUCCAGUUCAGUCAGUACAGACCAUAGUGUCUCUCCCAGUCCCAUCAGUAUAGACCUCACUCUCACCUCCCGUAGCACUUUGGUGACAUCACCAGGGUUAACUGACUGUCAGGCCACAGCUGGGUCACCACACCCACAUGUACGAGCACACAGAGAGGCUGUGACUUGCCAGGAUGUCGUCACCUCUAUGAGGUCAGAGCCGUCGCUUCAGACGAGCGCUUUGAACGUAACCAGCGAUUUCUGCCAGGAAAUGACUGAGAAGUGCACCACAGAAGAGCCCAAAAAAUGCUGAGUCUAGUGAACUGGAUUUUUAUUAAACAAGAAUAUUGGUUCAGUCUUUUUUAAAUGUAACAAUUUUUACAACUGUUAUAUUUAGUUUGUUGCUACUCUAUAUGGUCAAGUUCGGUUGUGUCUCUUUUUUAGUGUUUGCACAUGUGGAUGUUGUCAUAUGUGACUCUGGACCACAAAACCGGUCAUAAGAGAUUUAUACAUCAUCUGAAUGCUGAAUAAAAAGCUUUUCUUGAUGUAUGGUUUGUUGGGAGGGGUAACUGCCUAAUAAAUUGGGGCGAUUAUAACGAUUAAUUGCCUGUUUAGGGCUUUGACAAUUAGGACGAUUAAUUGUCUGUUUUAUUGCUUUGACAUUUAAUUAAUUUUUUUUGUUUGUUCAUUAAAUAAUUUUUACACAUUGUGAUUAUUUAAAUUAAAUAUUUUCAGAGGUUUACCUGUCAGUAAAUAUUAAUAGACAUAACACAUAUUUAAUAGUAAUUAUUUAAUGAAUAUAUCUUUCAUAAACUGAAAAUUCUUCAUUAGAAAUAAACACAAUAAAGUGUCUAAAAAUGAAUUAAAAUAAAAAUGCAAUAAAAAACUGAUUAUACCAGAACAGGCCUUAAAUAGUAGCCAAUCCUACUAAGGUCGUAUUAGUACUGGACCACAUGUCUUUAAUGGCUGCAAAAAAAAUCAUAUCCUUAAGAAUAGCAUCCUUUACUUCCCUAAAUUAGGAAUUGCUGUUAUGGAAAUGUAUGUUUUACCUGGCAGUUCAUACUGCUUAUCAAAGUUUUGCAGCAUUACUUUAAAUGCAGUUUUUUUCCCACUGUAUUGAAUGGCUUUGCAAUGUAUCGCGUUACGCUUUCAGUUAAGGAGUGCUGCAGCUCCCCCUUGUGUUUUUAGAGAGAUGUGCAAUCAUUGUGGUGAUCGGAAAUCAUCUCAAUGAGGUCAAACAAUGGCGAUGAGAUGAUUAUUUAAUCAUUGUGACAACCCUAGUUGGGAUAGGACUGAGAUAUUUGACCGUGAUGCAACUAUUUGAAAAUCUGGAAGCUGAGGUGCAAAGAAAUUAAAAUUUUGGGAAAAUUGCCUUUAAACUUGUCCAAAUGAAGUCCUUAGCAACUGCAUCCACUUACAAUUAUUUUUAAAUAUAUUUAAAAAUUACAAAAAAAGGAAAAUUAAAAAACAAAUCUUCAUUGAGCAUGAUCUUUACUUAAUAACCUAAUGCAAUUAUUUGUAAUUUGAUACGUUUUUUUUUUUUUUUUUUUGCUUUUGCUACAUAUAUACCCAGGCUACUAAAGGCUGGUUUUGUGGUCCAGGGACACAUAUAUUGUAUCAAGUUCUCAAAUUUAUCUCAGGAAAUGCAAUUUUUGUUAUUGUUUUUUGGCAACUUUAAAUUAUGCAGCAUAUGCAAAUGUGAUAUUGAUGUGUUUAAAAACAGUUUUGACUGCACCGUUUUGUGUUCCAGCAUUCCCAAUGUACAUCAAGAAAAAAAAUCUAAAAAAAAAGAGAAACUUUUAAAUGGCUUGAUUUUUAAUUACGUUUUUUAACAAUUAUUUCCUAAAGCCAAAUAGUCUGAGUUUGUCAGCAAAGAAAAAAUAACUGAUGUAAAUAUGAAAUUUUCUAAUAAAUCAGAUUUGAUUUGACUCCACCUCGAUUCAUAUUUAGCUGCAUAUCCUCUUAAAUAUUUUGCGAUGAAGCAUCACUCCAUACAGAAACAAUUUUUUAAAGAUUUUUUAAAGCUCAGUUUUCUAGACGAUUAAAAUGAUUGAUCAACGACAUCUGUUUUAUUUACAGCUCUUUGAUAAAUGUACACUUUGAUAAAUUUAAUUAUUCUGAUUUGGUACAUUUUGAAAAAUUAAAUCAGUCUGACUUGGUACAUUUUGGCAGCUCUGUAGGGCACAUGUGCACAUUUUUUGAACAUUGUUGAACAUUUUUACUGUUGUCAGAUACUGUAUCAAAGCAAAUGAAUGGGUAACACUUUACAAUAAGGUUGUAUUUGUUAACAUUAGUUAUUCCAUUAGCUAAUAAACAUCAACAUACAUUUUUUAAUUGGUUUCACUUUAUUAUAAGGGUACACUCUUAAAACGAAUGUGUUAAAAACAACACAUUAGUGUUGAUUCUGGGACAACACACUAAAUGCGUUGUCCUGGAAUCCACCCAUCUCUGUGUUAUUAUUGAAAUAACACAUUUUGUGUUACUUUUAACACAACUUGUGUUUUAUUUUAACACAAAACCAACACAAAAUGACACAAAAUGUGUUAAAAUUACACAUAAUGUGUUAAAAGCUGAAAGCACAAAUAUGUGUAAAAGAUUAACACAUCCUUUCUAAUAGUGUACAUGAAUCAUAAUAAAGACAUAAAUGUAUUUUUACUUAAACAUGAACUAAUGCUGAGUUAAGGCAUGUACUAAUCAUAAACUAAUAAAGAGUCAUCAUUAAGUACAACAUGACAUGUUUUUUUGUUGUUGUUGUUGUUAAUGUAUUAAUUUUCAAUGAAUUCAUGUGUUGAGUUGUAGUUAAUGAUGUAGUACAUGCCUUAACUCAGCUUUGGUUCAUUUUUAAGUACAACUUGGUUUUUCAAGUCAAUUCAACCUACUAUUUUAGUUUUGGUUUAAAAAAGUUGACAUAACUUAUAAACUCAAGUUGCAAUUGUUUAACUUAAUUUUUUAAGAUAAAUUUACAUAAAAAUAUAUGUUGAUUUUGACAAAAAUUGCGCAUUUUUUACAGUGUAAUGUUAACAAAUACAACAUUAUUGGUUACUAUGUGUAUUAUUGACCUCCUGUGUUGUGUUAUGUCGUAUGUCCUGUGUUUGGAUUGAAUUUCAUUUGGGUUAUAUUCUUGGUUGGUCUGUGGUGUUUUUUUAUGGGAAUGACCGCAUUGUCUAAUAUUAAAAGUAUACGCUUAACUGCAACCCACUCCAAGAAAAUUUUUUUUUCCUGGUAUAUAUACACCUCUGAAAGGUCUCAAUUCAGUUGAUGUUUACUUUUUGUAAUUAGUCUUAAAACACUUCUAAACUUUUUACUUAUUAAAUGACAGUUUAAGCCUUAAAAUAAUAAUUAAAAAACUUUUGUGUAUAACAUUAUUGUAUUGUAAAUGAUCAUGUGUAUGGGUUACUCACUCGCUUGCGUACUGUCACAGUACUGAAGUUUAAAACCAUGUCAUUAAUUUAACUGAUUUACUUACAAAUGGUCGUAUAUUGCAUGACUUUAAAAAAGAGAUACACAUUUAAAAAAUAUGUGACCCUGGACAACAAAACCAGUCAUGAGGGUCAUUUUUUUAUUUGAAAGCUGAAUAAAUAAGCUUUUCAUUUAUGUGUUUGUUAGGAUGGGACAAUAUUUGGCAGAGAUACAACUAAUUGAAAAUCUGAAAACUAAGUUAGCAAAAAAUCAAAAUAUUGAGAAAAUCGCCAAAAGUUGUCCAAAUGAAGUCCUUAGCAACACAUAUUACUAAUGAUAAAUACAUUUUUAUAAAUUUACAGUACGAAAUUUACUAAAUAUCUUAAUGGAACAUGAUCUUUAUUUAAUAUCCUAAUUAUCUUUGGCAUAAAAGAAAAAAAUAUAAUUUUGACCUAUACAAUAUAUUGUUGGCAAUUGCUGUAAACAUACUCAUAUAUGACUGGUUUUGGGGUCCAGGGUCACAUAAUAUAUCAACAAACAUGGCAAUCAAAUAACUUUGGCUUAAUUUAAAAUCAAUUCAAUGCAUCACAAAAGUUCUCUGUAUAUAAAUAUGACCACAGGGACGUUGUUCUUGUGAUUUAACUAUACUGUAGAUGAACAUUUGUGUAUAUACACAGCAUUUUAUCAAUUCUUUGUUAUAUUGUGAUGCACUAUUGUGAUAUGAAGGGCGAAUAUGAAUAUUCAUCAUGAGUUUACAUGAAGUGAGGAAAGUCUGAAACAUUCACAGAUCUACCUGUAAUAUCGAUAUACCUCUCAUCUCUGACAAGGUUUGUAGCACAACCGGUUUACAACCUUUUAUAAGAUGUUUUACAGUCUUUACUUUUGUAUGUAUUGUACAUAAUGAUCCUGUUUAUAGAUAUUUGUUGCAUUUUUU